GACUCAUCAAGUAUCAGAACUACUUUUACUUGCUAGAUGCCAUAGUAGAUGGUUACUGCUGCUAGAUGACGAGACCCAUACUACUCUGCUCAAUAGGCAACUAUGGGCCAGCUUAUACCUACACAAGACAUAAUGCAGGUCCGUGAAUCAUCCGGCUCACUACUGCUCUAAUUACUGACUCCAAAAGGUCACAUCCUGCUCAAUCUCUACAUCGAAGCCAUGCGCUGUCCUGCUCCAGUCCGACGAUCUGACCUACAAGGUCGACUAUCUAAUGAUAACAAUGCACUGUGGCUCUUUCACUCAGAUGUCGAUAUGAAUCUCUCUGGCAAUGCAGUAGCAAAAGCAUUCCGCCUCUUUCAGCAGCACCAACCAACCGGUCUCUUGUGUGUCUUGCAUGAUGAAAUGGAGAUGAAGUUAGGGACUGCAAAAUUACGACUCAAGGGACAAGCACGUGGUCAUAAUGGUAUCCGGUCUUGCAUUCAGCGACUAGCAACACCAGAGUUUGCUCGUAUUGGGAUUGGUAUUGAUCGACCUGCUAGUCGUGAUUCAGCCGCAGUGACGAGUCAUGUGCUUGGCAAGUUCACGACAAGUGAGAUGCGGGUGCUUAAGGAAGAAACACUACCGGCGUUGCUUGCAGCAAUUGAACAGCUUUCAUUCCUGCAGGAAACAUGACGUGAAUUGCCAAAGACGCUGCGUAUCACGGACUGACUUCUAAUGCUGCUUUACACUUUGGUGAAUCAAUACCAGAGUCUACAACACGAAGACAACACCAGGACUACCCAUGUCGUCAGGCCCAGUCCUCCCAGCGGGCAGGCCACCCGAGCAGGCGCCCGAGGCCGUGGACGCCAAUCACUUGUUGCGGAAUUGCAACAAAAGACGAGCAGACCCAAAAGGCCAAGGCAAUUCUUCGCCUACCUUCGCCAUGAACG